GUUUCCCCUGCCACUGUGUCGGAAGUCUCCCGCGCAGUCGAGGCAAAUGGGUACCGGCGGGCGGAGCGGGCCGCGGCCGGGGAAGGGGAGCGCAGAGGAGGCGGCAGCGACUCCUAUUGCCGCCUCGGCAUCCUGCCAGUACAGGUGCAUCGAAUGUAACGAAGAAGCGAAGGAGCUGUACCGAGACUAUAACCACGGUGUGCUGAAGAUAACUAUAUGCAAAUCCUGCCAGAAACCUGUAGACAAGUAUAUCGAGUAUGAUCCUGUUAUCAUCUUAAUUAAUGCUAUUUUAUGCAAAGCCCAGGCCUACAGGCAUAUUCUUUUCAAUACUAAAAUAAAUAUCCACGGAAAACUCUGCAUAUUUUGUUUGCUUUGUGAGGCAUACCUGAGAUGGUGGCAGCUUCAGGAUUCAAACCAGAACACUGACCCUGAUGACUUGAUUAGAUAUGCUAAGGAGUGGGAUUUCUAUAGAAUGUUUGCAAUUGCUUCUUUAGAACAAACUGCCUUUUUUAUUGGCAUUUUUACUUUUCUGUGGGUCGAACGACCCAUGACAGUGAAAAAAAAGCUCAACUUCAUUUUACUGCUGAAAGCAUUAUUAUUAUCUAGCUAUGGAAAACUCUUGCUGAUUCCAGCUGUCAUUUGGGAACAUGACUACACACCUCUGUGCCUCAAACUGAUUAAAGUGUUUGUCCUUACAUCAAAUUUUCAGGCAAUUAGAGUGACCCUGAACAUCAACCGGAAACUGUCCUUGUUGGCCAUCCUGAGUGGAUUACUAUUGGAAAGCACCAUGGUCUACUUCUUCCAGAGGAUGGAGUGGGACAUUGGAAGUGAUUGUGCCAUCUAUAAAUCUCAAGACUUUUGAAGAGUUUUAUUCUUCUUUACUAUUUAUGGUAUGACCAGCUGCAUCUGAAAAAGAAAAGACAUGCAAUAUAAACCAAGCUACUUGUUUGUAAUGAGUGAAAUGAAGCAAAGAUUUGGAAACACUACCUAGAAACGAAAGCAAUGAUUAUGGCAGUGGAAACCCCCAACCUCCUGGCCCAUCCCCACACUCAAGAAUCAGCUAAACCACAUACAUACAGGUACACAUAGACGCAUGUAGAAACAUUCACACAACCACAGAGACUUGCUAGAGGAACUGAUGUAUGCAACAAGUGAAGAUUUAUUCAUUAUAGACACCCCAGGUAAGCAUUUGAAUUUAAAAAGGGAUAUGUGAGUUCAUAAUUCACAGUAAUAAAAUAUGUGCAUUUCAUUCCUUUGACAUGUUUAUACAUUUUUAAUUUAAGUGUAACAUUACUGACAUUAUAUAUUUGAAAUAAUAAUAUAUUAAAUUCUUACAACAGUAGAAACAAUAUUUUCAGAAGAAAUAGUUUUUGUAAAUUUUCUAUUCCAUAUCUUCCCUUAUAACUAAAUUACUCUCUAAAAUUAGCUAAUCCAAAAAUAAAUAAGAUACUAAAAACCACUGAAUUACACACUACAGGCAUGAAUUUUAUGGUAUGUAAAUUAUCUCUCAAUAAAGCUGUUAUUUUAAAAAAAAA